GUGGUUACAAGCAGCAGGAAGAACAGGCGUGUUCACAGAGGCCGAGUUCCUGUUCUCAGAUCACACAGGAACUAUUCAGACACUUCCCACUGUGUCAGGAUGAAGGUGAAGAUCUUCUGCUGCCUGUUAGCCUGCACUCUGGGCUCUAAUGUCACUGCAGGUUUAACCCAUGAAGGACUUAAGGAGGGGACACAGGUCAGUCUGCGCUGUCCUCACUCUGUGGAGGGUAAAGUGAGGUGGAGCAGAGAGAGUGGAGGAAGCAGAGCUGACAUACUUACAGCUGAUGGAGACGGAAAUAUAAAACACAUCAAUGAUCCACAGAAACGAUACAGUUCACUGGCUGAUCGAUCUCUGAUGAUCCUCAGAGCUGCUCUCUCAGACUCUGGCAGAUACUUCUGUAACCAUGAAGCAGCUGUGGAGCUGACAGUGAUCCCAUCAGGAACUAAAAUAGUGAGUGUUGCAGAGAGGAGCAGCAUCACUCUGAACUGUUCUCAUCAUGUUGGAGGAUCAGCUGUUCCCACAUGGAGCAGAGACUCUGGAGAAAUAAAUGAAGGAAGGAUUUCUGUUUCCACUGAGGACAAAACAUUAAGUAUAAGAGAAGCUGAGCCUGCUGACUCUGGACUGUACAACUGUGAUGGAAAACCAGCUGUUUAUCUGAAUGUGACCAAAGGACAGAGAUCUGACAGAGAUAAUGAAACAACCUCAGCAACAAUAACUACAACAGUUACUCAUCAGCCAGCAGAGACAUCUGCUCCGUCAGGUGUGAUUCCAACAAAGACAUCAGUCAGCUUCACAGCCAACCAUCAUCUGUUUGUCUUAGGGAUCCGAGCCCUUGCUGUCUUCGUCUGCAGCCUUGUUCUCGUCAUCAUUUACUUUAUUUGGAGACAAAAGUCUAAAAGACGAGGGGAUGACAAACAGCUCCACGUCUAUGAUGAGAUACCAGCUGGAGCAGAACUUCAUGUUAUAAAUGGAGCAACGCCUGCAUCAACAUACUGACAGACCCUGCAGAUUCCUGGAAGUCGCCACUGUUUGCUUUGAAGUCAGAGCUUCCCAGGAUUUCCCCCCUGACUGGGAUGAUCGUGCCUGAGCGUUGAUACUGGAUGUCUGCUUCUCCCUGGAGCACAGCUUCUCUUUCCACAUUUGUUUUGAUGAAGUCACUGUAAAUAAAGGCUGACUGUGAUUCUCCUGAGUGUGAGUCCACUUCAGUGUACAUGACAUUAUGAUACCAAUGAUAGCCUGUAAUGUAGGGACCAGACUGAUAAAGCUGCUGAUAUCAUGGAGGAAGGUAGAUGUGUGAUGUGUGGACGGGAAGUAAGGCCGACACUGGAGGUGGAUGCUAGCUGUUCUUCCAUGGUGCAGAUAGAAAUGGAGUAGGGGAAACUUUGAAGGUGGAGCAUGAAGAGAGGGUCAGACAGGAUCAUAGCGAGUGGUGAUUGAAGCAGAACUCUGACAUCCAGGUGCAGGGAACAGAGGUGACGCGAGGUGCUAAGUAAGGUUGGUGUUACAGAGAGAAAUGAAACUGAUUGUGAUGAAGGUGCACACAGGUGGGCUACAUCUAACACAGAAAGUGGAAAGUGAAAGCUAGGAGACUGUAAGGUGGUGUCAGGGGAGGAUGUAUAUCUGUGCAGCAUUUAAUGGUACUCUGUAGGAUGACUUUGAAGAAGAGGAGGUGAGUGAAGGUUGAUAGCUAGGUGGUAGCUACAGCAAAGACAAAGGCUUACAGUCACCUUUAUGUGACACUGAGAAAAGAGAGUGUAUUCGAGAGUGUGCUGAGAGAAUGGAAGGAGGAGCUAAUGAACGAACGGACGAGUAAGGAGGAAGUGAGGGCAGCCAUGAAGAGGAGGAGGCAGCUGGUCCACAUGACAUACCUGUGCAGGUAUGGAGGUGUCUGAGAGAGAGGCCCGUGGACUGUUUAACCAGAUUAUUUAACAUGAUCUAGAGUGAGGAGGUGGACUGGUACACAGAGGGAUAAACUGAUGAUACCAUGAAGAUUAUGGGAACAAUAGCUGUUGUUAAAGCUACGCUAAGAAGACGUGAGUUUGCAGUGAAGGCGAGACCUGCUGUGAUGUAUGAUGGGGAGACGGCAGCACUGACAGAGCGACAGGAGGCCGAGCUGAUGGUCAGAUUUUUAGGGAGUCUGAUGGUCUGGAUUAAAAGAGUACAUGAGAGAGUCGGCUCAGGUUUUGGAGACAAAGUUAGAGAGGUUGGGUGGAUUUUAACCCAAACGAUAAACCUGACCAAACCAGCAGAAGCAGAUUUUGACCCCACCAACCUCCUCAUGCAGAGUGUCAGUAAAAUGGAGCCAUCAUCUCUCAGAGGCCAGUAUCACUGC